GAAAACAGGAAACACUAACUAAACUGUGGCUGUGAUCAACUGGCAGUGAGUUUGCCUCACAAAUGCAACGGCCGAACUUUGACGAAAUGGAGGAAUUACGGGUUGUACUACUGGGCAAGACAGGAACUGGAAAGAGUUCUCUGGGAAACUCACUGCUGGGUCGUGAAGUGUUUGCUCCUGCCAGAGGACUGCUAUCCGGUACACAAAAAUGUCAGUGGGCUGAAGCUACAGUAGAUGGAGUUACCCUUAGUGUGACAGACACACCUGGACUGUGUGACACUCAUCGCAGCGAGGAAGACGUUCUAGUUGAAGUCGGCAAGUCCGUGUCUCUGGCCUGUCCAGGGCCUCACGUUGUCAUCAUCGUCCUUAAAUGCACUAAUCGCUUUACCAAGGAGGAGUAUGAAGCUGUGAAGACACUACUGGAUUUGUUUGGUGAGCGUGUCCGCCGCCACCUCAUGAUCGUCUUCACUUGUGGCAAUGAGCUUGCAGACGACAUCAAUGGCAUGCAGGUGGUUUUAGAAGAACAAUUGAGUAAAGCUGACAAAAAGCUCAAGGAAGUUUUGUGUGAUGCCUACAACCGUUACUGUAUUGUGUCCAACAAAGGGACGUUUGAGACGAGACGACAGCACGCACAGGUCGUGUUAAACAAGAUUCAAGAUGUGGUGAGAAGAAACAACGAGCAUUUCACUAACGCGAUGGUUGAUGAGUACAACAAGCUAGUGCAGUCCAUUAUUGCUCGCCGCCAGAGAGUUCACGAAAUGAAGGAAUUACGGAUUCUGAUACUGGGCAGGACCGGAGUCGGAAAGAGCUCUCUGGGAAACACACUGCUGGGUCGUCAAGCGUUUGCUCCGGGCAUAAGGCUGUGCUCCGUGACAGCAGUGUCUCAGCGGGCUGAAGCUUCAGUAGAUGGAAUUACCCUUAAAGUGACAGACACACUUGCACUGUGUGACACACAUCUCAGUGAGGAAGAAGCUCUGCUUGAAGUCGGCAAGUCCAUGGCCUUGACCUGUCCAGGGCCUCACGUUGUCAUCAUCGUCCUUAAAGGCAAUGAUCGCUUUACUAAGGAGGAGUAUGAGGCUGUGAAGACACUACAGGCUUUGUUUGGUGAGCGUGUCCGCCGCCACCUCAUGAUCGUCUUCACUGGCGGCGAUGAGCUUGCAGACGACAUCAAUGGUAUGCAGGCUGCUGUAGACCAACAAUUACUAAAAGCUCCUGAAAAUCUCAAGGAAGUUUUGUGUGAUGCCUACAACCGUUACUGUAUUGUGUCCAACAAAGGGACGUUUGAGACGAGACGAGAGCACGCAAAGGUCGUGUUAAGUAUGAUUCAAGAUGUGGUUAGAAGAAACAACAGGGAGUAUUUCACGAACGAGAUGGUUGAUGAGUACAAUAGGAAAGUACAGUCCAUUAUUGCUCGUCGCCAGAGAGCUCACCGUCUGUCAGACAACCAGGCUGUCACAGAGACCAGACAAGCGAUUGUUGAUGAAGAGGAAGAUCCUGGCUUCUUCAAUACACUGAAGAACAUAGCAAAAACUUACAUAUUGCCUGUCCUGAUAAAGGUCGCCGAGGUGGGACUAGCUGUCGCAGUUGGAGCCGUGGCAAAGCGGUGUUCUGUGAUGUAGUCACAAACAAACAACGAUGUGUACAGUGUACUUAAUAGCGCGACAACAGAACACACGAAUGACUUGUAUUUUCAUGACUAAUUAAAUGAAUUUAAGUAGAAAACCGUAAGUCCAACGAUUAACUCAUUGACUCUAUUUAAAAGUAAAUAAAGGACAUUGAACUUUUUUCAAAUGCACCCAAAAGGGUUGUCUGUUAAAUUCUUUGCCUCGGUUUGUUUUUCUGCAUGUAAAGUAACAAACAUUUACGCUACCUAACUUCUUGCAAAAGAAACGUGUUUUCGAACUUUCUCGAUUGUCUCGUGGUUUUACGCUGAUGUCAGGCAAACUGUUUCCUACAGGGUCAGGAGGGCAUUAUAGUAGGUGUGUCUUCUGCUUUUGAAUUCAGAUCAAGGUUCAUGCUACAGUAGAAUCGCUAGGUCACAGUUGAUUGACCUCAACCACAGUGUUUUUAUCCAUUGAACGCCAGAAAAGCUCUAGGUCACUUCUUUAGCUUUAGAUCAUGAUUAAAGUGAAUUUGUGUUUUUAA